AUGGCAUCGUUUGUCAGAAGUGCAAGGCAUGGAAGUGCAGUUGAAAAAAUAUCUAGUGGGAUAGAGGGACUGAAUCAGGUGCUGGGAGAGUAUGCAUCAAGAGGAUUAAUGAUGAUGAUUGUGGAGGAUGAGAACUCAUCAGCUCAUUCUGUGAUGCUCAGGAUUUUUUUAUCUGAAGGUGUUGCAGCCAAUGAAGAGAUACUAGCUGUUUCGAAGGAGGAGGAUGAGAUGUGGAUAUACAACACUGGAAUGUGUGCUGAUAAUGUUUCUGUUGAUAAAAUGGUAAUAGCAUGGAGAUAUUCUGGAGUGCCAUCCAGGGAGUGUAGGUCGCAAUUCAAUCUAUCGAGCAAGCGCAGAAUUGAUGGAAAAGACAACGUGCUUUGCAAGAAAGAUGCAACACUUGAAGAGAUUUUGAGGAUUGCAGAAAGCAAAGAGAAGCUGAGGAUUGUGAUUUUUUCAUUGAUGUCACCGCUCUGGAUGUGUGACGGAUACAAAAGCAAGGAUACGAUAGAGUUUAUGCACAGGCUCAAGAAGUGUGUGAGAAUUAAUAAGCACGUGUGUAUUGUAUCUGUCCCAGUGUUUUUAUGUCCUGAAAUGAAUUUACUUCCUUUUUUUGAUGUGGUUGCUGAGGAAGACUCGAAUAUUUUCAGUGGAUUUUGCCCGAACUACAAUGUGAUCUUGACGUUUACAAAGAUGAAAGGCUACGGGUGCUUGUAUACUAACACUCUUGAGAGUCUUAAAUAUGGAGUGAAGAUAAGAAAGAGCGGCAUAUGCGUGGAAAGCAUUGACAUACCGCCUGAAGAUGGUGAAGUGCAGGAUAUGCAAUGUAGCAAAAGGGAGUUUUAG